UCAAAAACUGGAUCGAGGCGGCGGCGGGUGGUACGGUAACGGCUUGGACGCCGAGUGGUCCUACAACGAACACGUACCCGGACCAUCAAACUACCCGGAGCAGUACAAUAUGGCACCUGGUCCCGCACCAUACAGCAGCCGAACAUCGGUGAUGAAUUCCAGUGGCCGAAACCCGAUGAAUUAUCCAUCAGUCCCACCCCAUACAUCCAUAUCCGCCGCGUCGAGGCGCCCACUGCAACGGCAACACCGCUCGAUGGACGGCCUUGGUGUCCUGGACGCCUACAAAGACUCCCUAGACUACGAUAUGAUGCUCCAGCCGUCUCCACCGAAACCUCUACAUCAGCCAUCAUACCUUCCAUUGGAGAUAUCCACAAGUCAACAUCACCAUCCACCACAUCACCACCCAACACAGUUCCAGCGUGGGCAAUCGCUGGCGUUAUCGAAUCCGAUUCCCACGCAGAAUGCGUUCUGGCAGCAUAAUAAUAGCAUGGCCACCACAUCAGUCCAAGACUACGACCUAAUGCAACCAGGCAUAUCCCGAAUCCCCACCGGCACUGGAAGUGGCCUGAACAUCGCGAGAGAGUACGAGCAGCUGAAAGUCGAAUACGACACAAUGAUGGAGAAGCUAAAUCAGACUAUGAAUAGUAUCAAAACGUUUUGGAGUCCCGAGUUAAAGAGGGAGAGGCAAAUGCGGCGUGAUGAAGCCACUCGGAUAGCGCAGCUGGAGAGGAUGGUUCAGUCGGGAGGAGGUGGCGGUAAUGACUACGGCCUAGGUUCUAGCGAAGCGCUACAACUCCGAAUGGAACUCCGAGAACGCGACGAACGCAUUCGCCAACUCACCACAGCUUUAGAAUCCGGCUCCGGUGGCAUGGACGGACGGAUUCGAGAGCUAGAGGAUACUAUUAUGAGGCUUCAGGAUCUUCUAACAACCAAGGAGACGCAAUCUAUGAUGGCAAGUCAGGAUCCAUCAGGCCGGCAAGCUAUCGAAAACGCGCUUCGGAGGAUCGAUGAAAAGCAGGCGAGGAUCGUGGAGUUGGAGGAGGAACUGAUGAGGCAGCGGAUGGGAAGGAGUAAUCAGCCAAGAGAUUUUACUGAUAAGAACCUGUCCGGUCAUGAGAUGGCGACGAUGCGCAUGAAAAUGGAUCGAAGUGAGGUGGAGCUCGCGGAGAAGAAGCAGGAGCUCUUCGGGUGUCAGACAAGAAUGCAGACCGCUGAGGAGACUGCGAAUGAGAUGAGAGGUCAUCUUCAGUUGUUGAAGGAUCAGCUGACAAAUCGAGAGCAACAUAACACUUUGCUACAGGGUGAUGUGGAUGCGUUAAGGCAGAAGCUGGAUAGUAAGAAUAAGCAGUUGGAGCAGAAAGACGAGCGUGUGGCUGCACUGGAGAGAGAUCUAAGUUCCAGCAAGGCUGAUGUGUCGGAUAAGGGCGAGUUGAUCAGGCAGACCGAGAUGAAAACUUCUCAAUUGAUCGGCAGAGUUGACAGCCUUGAAACAACAGUUCGGGAAAAGGAGCAAGAACUCGAUCGGGCUAAGAUCCGCCUGCUAAGCCACCCGGAUGUGGUGAAGGAGAAGGAGAUGACCGAGAAAAUUGAGCAAGGAGAACGAGAGAGACAGCGGCUCGCCGAGCACAUUGAUCAAGUGCGGAGAAAUGCGGAGAAGGAUGCGAUGGAGCAACAGAAGACCUAUCAGAAUGAGAUGACACAGUUGAAGGCGACCAUUGAGAACUUGCAGAAGGAGUUGUCGGAUAGGGAUAUACUUCUGGAGUCGCAAAAUGAGAAGAUUGGAGAUAUGAAUCGGGAUCUUGUGCAAGCAAAGAAGCGUUUGGACGACGCAAUGGUUGACAAGGGUACCGAUGAGCUGAGACGAGACGUUGAAGGAGCAAGAAAUGAAGUUGAGAAGCUGCUCAAAAUGGUGCACUCUCUGGAAAAGGAGAAUCUAACCUUGACAGCCCAAUGCAAGCAGCUCAAACGUGACGACACGCCGAGAGCCGGCACCACCUCUGCGCCUAGUGCACCGGGAACUUUGACCAGAAGCACGAGUGCUCAGAAUAAUAUGCACAAAAGAAUUGAGGAGCUGGAAGAGGCUCUCAGGGAGUCGGUAUCGAUUACGGCUGAACGGGAAGUUCAUUUGUCGCAGCAGAAGCAUCACUUACAGCAGGUCUCCUCUCAGUUGAAUGAGGCUAGAAAAGAGAUCACCGAACUCCGUCGCACCAAGCAAAACCCGUCUGAAACUGGCGAUCGGGAUCAAAUAAUCAGAGCCAUCGAAACUGAGCGUCGCCAGCAUUUGGAGCAACUUUUCCAGCUAAAACAAGAAGCCUUGCUAGCUGCAAUUUCUGAAAAAGAUACCCACCUGGCGCUUCUCGAAAAAUCACGUGGGCCUCGUGACGAAAUUGAGACGAUCCGGAGGCAUAAGGACGCGUUGAUUCGGAAGUUGAAGCAGGAAAAUGAGCGACGCGUUCUGGUCUCCCACCCGGACCCUGUAAUAUCGAUGAACGCGAUGGCCAGUGUGAUUCCAGGAGCCCCGUUACCGGCUCCAGUGAUUCCCGGUACCAUUGGCAUUCCACAACACUCUCAGCACCCGCCACAGGUAGAUCACGACGAUGCUGACGGAAUUUGGGCCUGAAAAUUGUCUAGAAUUGUCUGAACUUUUCCGAAAUUUCCCAGUUUUUUCUCAUAUCUGUUCACUUACUUUUUUUUUGAAAAAAAUCUCACAUCCAAUGGCACACAAACCCUUUUGCAUUUUUUUUUGACAUUUGUUUCCCGAUCUUUCAAAAAUUAGCCGUCUGGGUCUGUUUUAUAUGAUUUUUGCAUUUUUAAAAGUUACCCAAAUGUUUUUAUGAUUUUCUAAUAAAUAAUUAUUUAAUU